AUGUCGACCACUGUGACCCUCACUCAGACUGAGGUCAAUCAAGGACAUGGCUCCGGCCGUAUGCGCAUUGAUGGAACUGAUCAACAAUAUGGCGAUUUCCGUGACUAUCUAGCUCGGGAUGGCUUUGUUGUUGUCAAGGGAGCCAUUCCCCGAGAAAGGGCACUGGGAUACGCCGACGCGAUGUACUCCUGGCUUGAAAACUUUAAUUUGGGCUUUGACCGCAAUGAAUCUUCUACGGUACACAAAGACAAGCUUCCUGUUAUCAAUGAGAAGGGCAUGUGUCUGCACUAUGGUCUCGCUCACGAGAAGUUCGUAUGGGAUGUCCGCAGCGAACCAGGAGUUGUUGGCGCGUUCGAGAAGAUAUACGAUGACAAAGAUCUGAUUGUAUCUUUUGACGCAAUCAACUUCCAGUUUCCAAACCGCACCGAUCUUCCCACCAACAAACCCUGGCCGCAUCAAGAUCAGGAUCCCCAGAAACAUGGAUUCCGCUGCAUGCAAGGACUAGUCAACAUGCUCCUUAACGGACCAGACGAUGGAGGUCUGAUCGUCUGCCGAGGUGGCCAUCUUCUCUCUCAACAAUUCCAUCGCGAAAUGGCUGACGAAGAGCGCAUUCCCGCCUGGACGCCCGAAUGGUAUGGCUACACUGAGCGAGGCAUGAAAUGGCUCGAGGAUCAUGGCUGCAAGUGGGAGAAAGUGUGUGCCGAGCCCGGCGAUCUUCUGCUAUGGGAUUCGCGUACUCCGCACUACAACCUCAGCCCCAAGAAAGACCAACCCCGAUUCGCAAUCUACACCUGCUUCAUGCCUGUUGCCGAUGCUACGCAGGAAGAUUUACUGCGGAAAAAGGAUGCAUUUGAACGCCGGGUGGGAACAACCCACUGGCCGAAUGCGAAACACACUGGGUCUAAUAUUGCCAAAAGAGAUGGAGCGGAGGAUCCUCACAAUCGGGAUCGACCGGUGAAUGAACCUGUGCUUAGUGAGCGAGCAUUCAAGUUGACAGGAAUUCCUUAUAUCAAGGAGACGGAGCCUGUCGCUGUUUAA